AUGCCAUCAAUUUUAUAUUCUACGACAUGUUAUAUAAAAAAUGAUCUCUAUCAUUUAAGAAUAUGUGUUGAUAAUAAUGAUCAAAAUUCCACUAAUACCCAAAUAACAACAGAUUCAUCUACAUCGAUACCUAAUGAUAUUACAAUUGAUAGUAUUAUACCUUCAUUAACUCGAUUACAUUUGAUACCAGUAAACGAGCAAAAACUUACACUCGUCCCUAGGGAAAUUAUUCUUGAUCAUAUACUUAGUGUUAAACAAACAAAUACAAGAUUAAAUGGAAAUAGAAAACAUUCUAGUGAUAUUAGUGAAAUAAAUAAUAUAAAUUUUACUAGAACAUCAUCUAUUGAACAAUCACGACGAACAAGUUAUUCAACGUUGAGUUCACUUAUUUCAACAGUUACAGUACCACGAAUAUCAACAAUACGUCGACCACCUAGUCUCGCAAGAUUGUUUUCUAUUCAAUCACGUAGAGAUAGUGAAGCUCAUUUAAUGCAUAAAACAUUAGUUAAAUUAAGUUAUGUUGAUGUAUCAAAUUCAAUACGAUGGAAUAUAAAAAGAUUAGAAAUUGAAGUUGAUACAAAAGAUAUAGCAGAUACAUUACAGUUAAAAGUAAAUUUAUGUUUAUCAACACUUAAACAACGACCACAUCGUUUAUUAGCCUUUGUUAAUCCAUUUGGCGGUAAAGGUCGAGCACGAUUCGUAUAUGAUAAAACAGUAUUACCUAUAUUUGAAGAAGCAAAUAUUAUUGUUAAAUCAAUAUAUACACAACGUGCAAAUGAAGCAAAAGACUAUUUGAUUAAUGAAGAUUUGAAUGAAUAUGAUGGUGUUAUUUGUGUUGGUGGUGAUGGAAUGUUUUCAGAAUUAUGUCAAGGACUUUUAUUACGAACAUCUCAAGAAGCACAAUUAAAUAUCAAUGAUCCACAAGUAAAUAUAACUCAACCUAAGUUAAGAAUUGGUAUUAUACCAGCUGGUUCAACAGAUGCUAUUGUUUUUGGUACAACAGGUCUUAAUGAUCCAAUAACAAGUACAUUACAAAUUAUUGUUGGUGAAACACUUUCAAUUGAUAUAGCAACAAUUCAUAAUGAACAAGGAUUUGUACGUUUUAUGGCAGCAAUGCUUGCAUAUGGAUUUUUUGGUGAUAUUAUUCAUCAAUCAGAUAAAUGGCGUUUUCUAGGUCCAUUAAGAUAUGAUGUUGCUGGAUUUUGUCAAUUUAUUCUUAAUAGAUCAUAUGAUACUGAAGUAAUAGUUACAUUAGCAUCUUCAGAUUCAUCACAAUCAACAUUACCAAUGAGUAAUGUUAAUCAUGAAGUUGAAUCAUCUGCUAUGUCUGAUUCACAACACUUAACAAAUAAUACUAAUUCAGAAACAAUUGGAAAUAAUCAAAUAGAUAAUACAAUAAAAGUUCUUGGAAAACUUGUUCUAUCAACAUCAGUAUUUUGUAAAAGACAUUGUGAAAAAUGUGCUGAACGAAAAAAUCAUAAUGCUAAUAAAACAAAUUCAUCAUUAGAAAUCACACGUCGAGGAAAAUAUACAACAAUAAAUUGUCUUAAUAUGCCAUGUCGAACUGCAAAAAGUAAAUUUGGAAUAUCACCAUUUGUUCAUUUAGGCGACGGAUCAUUCGAUGUAAUUCUUGUUAAACGUUCUUGGCGUACAGGUUUUUUACGUUUUCUUUGGCAAGUUGCUAAUGAUAGUCGAUCUAUAGAAAAUUUACCUAAUGUCGAACGAUAUCGUGUUAGUGAAGUUGUUAUACGCCCAAUACAUAUAAAUCAAAAACGAUGUGGUAAUUGGGCAUGUGAUGGUGAAUUAUUAUGCGGUAAUGAAAUAAAAAUUCGUAUUCAUCGUCAAGUACUUAAUCUUUUUGCUUCGGGUAUACAAUUUGACAACAUUGAAGAAAAUACUUCAAAAAAAGAAAAACAAAAAACUAAAUGUGGUUCGCUUUUUCGAUGUAAAAAACGUAAACAUUGCAAAAAGGAUAUAAAUCCUUAA